AUGAUGAAGUACAUACUUCUUUUGAUUCUCAUUCGAAUAGAGGACAUACAGACCGCUUCAAUAGUUCAAGUAAUUGAGAAAAUACGAAAAGAAUUUGAUAUUUAUACUUUGCUUCUCUUUGUAAGUCAUGAUGCCACAUCUGAGGCCUUGGAUAGUCCAAGUCUGCCACAACUGGUUGUGGUUAAUGAAACAGCCAAGGAUUUGCGAAGAUCGCAAGGACAGAGGGUUUUAAGUUUCAUUCGACUAGAAACAACGGGCCUGGCCGAAUUGAAUGAAAUCAUAAAACCUUCUCUAAUAAAUCUUCAUUUGGCUGAUAUUCUAUUUUACACGAAUUCAACAUGGUCCGAGGAGACAGAAUGGCAAUGGCUAUUUGAAUGGUGUUGGUCGGAGGGAUUCUGGCGUGUCCUGUUAAUGAAUGACGCCGCUCAGUUACUCUCCAUGGAUUGCAUACCGGAAAUGAGCAUAACAAGUGUUACUCUCGAAGAAUAUUUCGCAAAGAGAAAACAUCGCCUGGUUAAUCUGCAGGGUUAUCCCGUUAAGGUUGCCGUGGGUCACAAGCCACCCCGCGUCAGUGCCUUUUUCGAUGACGAAGGAAAUUUGCAAAUGGGCGGUUAUUAUGGUCACAUCGUCAAUAUGUUUGUAGAACAAUUCAAUGCAACAAUGGACUACAUCAUCAUGCCAAACAUGUCCUCAUACUCGGUAUUGAGUUGCAUAGACUCGAUUCUGGAACAAACUUCGGAUAUCUGCGGUGAUGCCAUUUUGUUUGGCAAUGGCAUUGAAACCACGCGACCUCUACACGUUGUCUCCAGUCAUUUGGUGGUGCCCUUCGAUAAACCUCUGGAAAAUUACAAUUAUUUUCGUAAGCCGUUCACCCUCGACGUUUGGAUAUGCAUUGCAAUUUCGUUUGUCUCUUCGGUGGUUUUGCUGCUGAUAAUCGAAUACAAGGAAUAUGGACGUUUACGUUUGGUCAAUAGCAUCUUCACAACAUUCUCCAGCUUUAUAUGUUCUUCGUUCAGUGUAGAGCAUUUGUCGCCAAAGUAUCACUACGGUUUGGAGACAAUUUUAAUUUUUAGCGGUUUCAUGCUCUCCAAUUACUAUUUGGCGGUAUUGUCAUCACUUUUGCUCACGAAAAUCUAUGAAAGAGAAAUCGAUAGUAUUCAAGAUGUCUUGGACCACAACCUAACAAUUGUAACCACCGAAUUCCAGCAAUAUGUUUUGGAAGUAACUAAAGCCUCACCGCAGAUAAGGCGACAGACCGUAGUUUUUUCCGAAGAGGAAGCCGUGGCUAAUAUGCGUAAACUGAAUACGGAAUAUGUAUAUUUCGGCUUAAAUGCCGAAAUCGAUUUUUUUCUCUAUCAACAGAAAUUUUUGUCUCGACCUCGAAUGAAGAAACUAGCAGAUGAAGCGGUGACCACCGAUAUUGGCGAAAUUCCAAUGCGGGCCUAUUGGCCACUGCAAGAACUACUUAUGUCUCACAUGGAAAACAUUUUUAGUAGUGGCAUUGUAAUGUAUCUGGAGACAGAAACAUUUGAGGAUGGCAUACGCCAAGGUGACAUAGCCUUUAUACCCAACAAAGAUCUUUCGGUUGCGCCCCUGUCGUUGGAAUAUUUUGUUUUGUGUGGUUUACUUUUGGCUGGAGGUUACUCAUUGUCAUUUAUGUGUUUUAUAACUGAAAUAAUUGUUUAUAAAUAUUGUGGUAGAAAAUAA